GACCACGUCAACGAAAAGUCACAACGUCCUUCUCGAAAAUAGUUUCCACUGAUUUCGGCAUGCAAUAUGGGCGCAAUGGGCCUGAGGACGGGUAUAAGAGCAUGUGGUGACCGCGCCAUCUGUUCAAGAUUCAUCACUACCAAGCGCACUGAAUCCAGCGAUUCAUUCUAUAUCAUACAUCUCCAAUACGACAUACUCGUUGCUUCCAUCGAAAAGACUGACAAUGGUGUCCUGGGCUAUCACAGGUGCGACGCGAGGCAUUGGCCUCGGGUUCGUCAAACACCUUUCUAUGGAUUCGAAGAAUCAAGUGUUCGCCCUCAUCCGGAGUCUGGGAACAGCUAGACCGCUCAUGGAGCUGGCUGCACAACGAAAAAACAUCCACGUCAUCAUAACAGACAUCUCUGAUCCUACCAAGUUGGAUGAGGCCGCUGCCGAAGUUUCCAAAGUCACAGACGGUUCGCUCGAUGUCUUGAUUCUUAAUGCCGGCUCCGCGGGACCAGACACGGCUGUGCUGCCGCCGUCUGCUUUCCAUGGCAAGAAAGAAGCACUGGAUUUGGAGAUUGGUGAGAGCAUCAAGAACAAUCUUCUCAGUAACAUCUACACGAUAAAUUCCUUCCUCCACCUCAUUCGCAACGGCGCCGAGAAGAAGAUUGUCUUCAUCUCUAGUCAAAGUGGAAAUCUCGAUUUCACGCGCAUGACUGGCUUCUCUACCUUGCUGGGCUACUCGGUAAGCAAGGCUGGCAUGAACAUGGCCAUGACCAAGUUUGCCAGUGAGCUCGCCCCUGAAGGCAUCAAAACGCUGUCUCUGAGCCCAGGAUGGGUGAACACGGAUGCUGCAAAAGCCGUAACAGGUGACCCGGAGAUACGCAAAUUCAUGCUCAACAUGUUCCACAAGGUCGACCCAAAGGUUGAGGGUCCGGCCCCAAUAGAAGAAGCCGUCUCCAAUAUGCUUCGGGUCAUUGGGAAGUUGAACGAGGCAGAUAGUGGCAAGUUCCUCACUCAUUACGGGGACGAGGAGCAAUGGUUCUAGUCUUGACAAAGCAGAGCGCAGCGCAGGAAAGAGAUAUGCAAUUCUCUUCAAGUAGCCCUCCUAGCUCAGGCAAACAAUGGCAUGACUGCAUCUCCCCCGAUGACCGCGU